AUGUCCCAGGGCCAUUUCCCGCGGAUGGAGAACAUCGCGGCCUUCAAGCCGGUCUCCACGUCCCCGGCGCGCUCCUCCUGCGGUGACCCAGGGAGGAGCAGCUACUGUCGGGCGCCGCCGCACCCGGCCGGCCUGGCGUCCUGCGCCCGGGCCUUCUGCGACCAGGAGUGCCCCUGGAGGUCGUCCACGCCGCCGUAUGCCCCCCUGCUGCUGCCCGCUCACAGGGGUCUGUGCGUCGCGGAGGACCCCCAUGAUGGCCCCCCCGGCCCCAAGAGGACGCACCCUGAGGGGACUGAAGCCCCUACCAGCGGCCAGGGCAGCCUGGUCUUCAACACCACCCCGGGGGGAUGCCUGGUCUCGCCCCCCGCCCAGGACCUCGGCCCGCUGGGGUCUCUCACCCUGGCGGUCUGGAUCAAGCCCUCCGCCCCGGGAGAGAUGCUGCUGCUGGAGAAGAGCGCCAGAGGCCUCCUGCUCUUUGCGCUGACCGCCUCGGACCGGGCCGUGGUCCUCCGCUACGGUCGGUCCGGCGGGCCGCGCCUGCUGUCCGUCAGCUUCAGGACGGUGGGCCGACUCUCCCUUCACAAGUGGACUCACCUGGUGCUGCAGGUCCAUGACAGACAGGCCAGCCUCUUCCUGGACGGUCUGGAGGAGGACGGGACACCCUUCGACACGCGACCUUUGACCUCCGCGCUCCGGGACGUCCGAGAGGACAGCACCAUGAGGGUGGGGCUCAGCUCCAACGGGACCAAUCAGUUCAUCGGACGGAUGCAGGACUUUAGAUUUUAUCCCACAGCAUUGACCAACAGGGAGGUCGUGGAGCUGUACACGGGGGUCCUGCCCCCCCUCCACACCCAGCCCGAGUGCCGCUGCCCGCCCAGCCACCCCCGGCUCCACCCCCUCAUCGAGCGCUACUGCAUCCCCAACGCGGUGGGGGACACCACGGCGGACCGGGCGCUGAGGCUGAACCCCAACGCCCACCCUCUGAGCUACGUCAACGACCAGGACAUGGGCACCGCCUGGCUCUCCCAGCCCCGGACCCCCCGGGGGGACGGGGGGGACGGGCUGACCCUCACCGUGGACCUAGCCAACGGGCAGUACCAGGUGUUCUACGUCGUGGUUCAGUUCGGGGGGGUGAUGCCCGACCGGGUCGUGAUCCAGAGACGGAGCGGUGGACCACCGGAGCCCCAGAACCACCGCGGCCCCGGCGAGUCGCCCUGGACAGACUGGCAGUACCUGGCCCGGGACUGCGGGGUGUUCAGCAUGGAGCCCCACGGGCCGCUGCCAACACCACACUCUGUCAACUGCCUACCACUGCCGGGCGACGCCCCUCUCUCCAGUGGAAACAUCACGUUCGCCCUGUUGACACCGGAGCCGAACCCAAGACCAGGCUACAACGACUUCUACAACACCCCUGCGCUUCAGAGGAUGGUACAGGCCACUCAAGUCAGGCUCCUCCUCAGUGGACAGUACCACUCUGAGACCGCGGGGGUGGAUCAGGGACACAGAUACUACGCCAUCAAUGAGAUCACAAUCAGCGGCAGGUGUGAGUGCCACGGCCACGCGGACCAGUGUGACACCGGAGUGACCCCGUAUCGCUGCGCCUGUCUGCCAGAGAGCCACACAGAGGGCAGCAACUGCGAGCGCUGUACCCCUCGCUACAACGACAAGCCCUUCAGUCCUGGGGGGCAGUUCCAGCCAAUGAGCUGCCGGCCCUGCCGGUGUAACGGCCACGCCCACUCCUGUCACUAUGAUGUCAGCACCGACGACCAACCGGGCGAGCACUACAGAGGAGGGGGCGGGGUCUGUGACGGCUGCAUGCAUAAUACAACGGGUGUGCACUGUGAGCUGUGCAGACGUAACUUCUUCCGUGCGGAAGGAGCUGAUCCUGGGUCGGUUGACGUGUGCCGGCCGUGUGACUGCGAUAUCGCGGGGACUCUUGACGUUAACGGCAGCAUAGAGUGUCACCAGAUGGGGGGUGCGUGUCGCUGUAAGGCUGCGGUGACGGGCCGUCAGUGUGCGGGCUGCUUGCCCGGCUGGUUUGACCUCCAGGCCUGGCGUCCCCAGGGGUGUGUCCGCUGUAACUGCAGCGAGGCGGGCAUCACACGGGGGCCUCAUGGGGCCCUGGCCCCCUGCCACCAGCUCAGCGGACAGUGCCACUGCAAGCCCCACGUCACAGGUCUUUCCUGUGACCGCUGUGAGUUUGGUUUCUGGGGGCUGUCCCGCCCUGACGGGUGCGUCCCGUGCGCCUGUGACCCCCUUGGCUCUCUCAGUCCGUACUGCGAGCAGCAGGGGGGCCGGUGCGAGUGCCGGCCCGGGGUGGGGGGGCCGCGCUGCGACUCCUGCGGCCGGGGGUCCUACGGCCUGGGUCUGGACGGGACCUGCGCCCCCUGCAGCUGCUCCGCCGAGGGGACCGUAGGGGGCACGGAGUGUGACCCUCACACGGGACAGUGUGUGUGCAAGGACAACGUGGCGGGCCUCCGCUGCGACGCCUGUCGCCGCGGCUACCACAGCCUGGACCGCCGUAACUCCCUGGGGUGCCUGCCGUGCGCGUGCGCGCCCGGUGGCACGCGGCCGGGGGGCGUGUGCGACGCGGCCACCGGCCAGUGCCCGUGUCGGGGCGGGGUGGAGGGGUCCCUCUGCACCCGCUGCGCCCGGAACUUCUAUCACCACGGCAACGGGUCGCACCCCGAGGGGCCCCCGGGCUGCGUCCCCUGCUCCUGUGACCCCCGGGGCACGGUGCAGGGCACGGUGUGCCACAGCUCCAGCGGACAGUGUGUGUGUCUGCACACGCACCACCACAGAGACUGCAGUAGUUGCCGGCCGGGCUUCUAUCUUGGCGGGGGGCGUUGCCUGGAGUGUGACUGCCACCCCACCGGCGCCCUGGGGGCGAGCUGCAACGGGCGGACCGGCCGCUGCCCCUGCGCCCACCGCUCGGUGGGGGGUCCGCGCUGCGACCAGUGCAGGGAGGGGCACCACGGCUUCAACCCCGGCCUGGGCAGCUGCCAGCCGUGCGCGUGCGACCCGGUGGGCGCUCUGGACGGGUCCUGCCACCCGGACAGCGGGGUGUGUGUGUGUAAGGCCCUGGUGACCGGGGUCCGCUGUCACCUCUGUGUACCUGGGGCCAGUCACAUGACCCCGGACAGUCACCUGGGCUGCAGCAAAGCCCCCUCCCAGCAGCCCCCCCCCCUGGGCCUGGUCCUCAGGGUCUCCUCCAUCCGUCUCUCCUGGCCCCCCCCCGACUCCCCCAACUCCCACCGCCUCAACUACACCCUGCUGCGGGACGGGACCCCCGUGUACAGCCUGCAGAGCCAGCACCCCUACGGCCCGGUCCUGUUCGAGGACACGGGCCUGUCUCCCUACACCAGCUACUCCUAUUGGCUGCGGACGGGCAGCCUGGCGGGGGAGACGCUGAGCGCGCCCGUCACCCUCCGGACGCUGGCCGCCGCCCCCGACGCCACGCAGCUCCAGCUGCGGCUGCUGGGGGGCCCCGGGCCGGGCGGGGCCAGCUUCAACUGGACCCGCCCCCAGAGCCCAGCCGGGCCGGUUGAGAGGUUUGUGCUGUCGUCCAUCGAGUCCUCCAGUGGUAACCGCAGCGUCCACCACAGCGGGCCCGCCACAGAGGCCACCGUCGUGGGCCUGAGGCCCUACACCUUCUACUCCUUCACCCUGGAGGCCUGUUCCUCCGGCGGCUGCUCCUCCACGCGUCCUCUGACCCUCCGCACGGCCCCCGCCCCGCCCAGGGACCAGCCCCCUCCCCGGGUCAACGCCACCGGCCCCCGCACCCUGACCCUCACCUGGGACCCCCCCGAGCAGCCCAACGGAGUCAUCACGCAGUAUGAAGUCUUCCUACGUGGUCCAAUGGAAGCGCAGAACCUCAGCACUCCAGCCAAUGAAAGGAGAGUGUUUAUGAGUUCCGGUUGGCCGGAAUCCGACCGCAGCAGGGCAACCAAUAGGAGGAUGCUCCCGCCCCCAGAGAGCAGUGCCUCCAUUACUGGUCUGCAGCCGUUCUCCACCUAUCAGAUGAGGGUCGCGAGCGUCAACACAGCAGGUCACGUGACUUCGGAGUGGGCCACCGCACGCACAACGGCAGGAGCUCCAGAGUUCAUCUCCCCUCCCAAAGUGGCGGCCGUGUCCUCGUCCAGCCUCAGAGUGUCCUGGAACUCCACCGAAGGUCACGGGGUCAUCGCCAGGGGAACGGUCUGGGAGUACCGGGUCAGCCGGGUCACGGAGCAGAGCGGCAAACCGUACGCCCCUCCUGUCGUCAGCCAGGUUCUCCACCGGACCAACGCCUCCUCUGAGACAGAGCACGUGGUGGAGGGCCUGGGGCCGUACCGCGUCUACAACUUCACCCUCACCCUCUGCACCAGCGAGGGCUGCAUCACCAGCCCGCCCGCCGCAGGCCGGACACUCCCCGCAGCCCCAGUCGGGCUGAGCCCCCCCAGACUCCGCCCCGUCAACGAGACCACCGUCGACGUGGAGUGGAGCCCCCCAGCAGAGCCCAACGGACCCCCCCCCGUCUACCAGGUGGAGCGCACUGACGUGUCGCUGUCGGACCCCCGGGACCCCGUCACCAGGGGAACCAGGUUCCCCGGCAACGGGUACUACCUCUUCCCCGGCCCAACGCUUCCCGUCAACACGGACUACACAGGCAUCCAGCUGAGCUUCAGGAGUCGGUCUCUAGAUGGUCUGCUGCUCUGUGCCUUCUCUCCCGGAGCUCAGGACGAGUUCCUGGCCCUGCAGAUCCAAGAUGGCCGCCCCUACUUCCUGUUUGACCCUCAGGAUUCUGCGGUGGCUGUUGGUGUGCAGGAUGACGGGGGCCGUCGCUACGACGAUGGAGAGUGGCACAGCGUCACGGCAACGAGGCACGGGGCCGUGGGAACAAUCAUUGUCGAUCAUCAAUACCAAGGCCGGGCCGGUGGCUCCAGCCUCACCAGUAUCAUCGGGGAGAACACCGGCCUGUACGUUGGAGGUCUGCCAGCCGGCUUCCCCGUGGUCCGCCAGCGUUCAGGAGGCCCUCCACUGGUUCAGAAGUCCUUCUCCGGCUGCCUGAGAGACGUCAAGCUGAAGCACACGGCCGGCCCCUCGGGGGAAUGGCAGCCUCUUGAUUGGUCGACGGCGGUAGAGAAGGAGGCGGCCUAUGAGAGCUGGGAGGGCUGUCCUUUGACCUCUGAAGAGGGGGCUCACUUCCUGGGUCACGGGUACUUGGAGUUGGACGGGGGGGUCUUCAGUGGGGGGAGGAGCUUCGACAUCACCCUGGCGUUCAGGACGGAUCAGCUCAACGCCAUCCUGCUCUUCACCUACAGCCACCAGGCGGACGACUUCAUGCUGGUGGAGCUGGAGAGCGGUCUGCUCUACUUCACUCUCUCCUGGGGAGGUCAUGUGACGGAGCUCAGCAUGUGGGUGGGGCUGAGUUACUGCGACGGAGAGUGGAACCAGCUCUCAUUGGCUAAACGCGCCUCCGUCAUCUCCGCGGCCGUCAACGAUUGGGAGGAGCGUCUGAGCGGGGCGGGGGGAGACGCGGGGCUGAGUGUUGAUUCGUCGGUUUAUCUGGGGGGCGUGCCCACGGACCUCAUGCAUCCGGCGCUGGCCAGGAACAGUCACCGAAACGGUCUGGGAGGGUGCCUGAGGAGGUUGACGGUCCGUGCUGACGGAGCUCCGCAGGCGCCCGUCACCCCCACCGUAAACCUGUCCAGCGCGUCCCGCCGCUCGGUGAGGGUGGAGCUGGACGGCUGCUCCUCAGGGGACAGUCGCUUCCUCUGCCGGGGGAAUGAUUCAGUGCUGGUGUACAGCGGGAGGGAGACGCUGGCCAGGGACGCAGGCCUGCAGCCUUUCACCGAGUACCUGUACAGGUGUGUGGCCGUGGCUGAAGGAGGCUGGUCGGCAGGGCCUUGGCAGAGGGGACGCAGCCGAGGCACAGUACCCAAGCACAUUCAACCCCCCAGCGCGGUUCAAAUUAAGAACGGCUUCAGUGCCCUGGUGAGGUGGGCCCCGCCCACUGGUGAUGUCAGAGGGCUGAUUGACAGGUACGAGCUGCGGGCCUACCAGAGAGGCCGCCCUGAUGAGGCUCCUGUCGUCCAAUCUGUACGUCCGACGGACACCAACUACACAGGCCUGCUGUCGGGCCUGACCCCCGCCACGCCUUACGUCGUCACGGUGACCGUCUGCUCGCCCGGCGGCUGCACCGAGAGCCGGCGCCACGGGGACGAAGAGCGCGGAGACGAUGACGAAGGAGCGGCGUGGCGCUUCACCACCCCUGAGGAAGCUCCCCAGGCUGUUCAACCCCCUGCUGGGGUAUCAUCCCCCGUCACCCUAAGCCUCUCCUGGGACCCCCCAACUAGGCCCAACGGACUCAUAACGUCCUACCACCUGUACCACAACGAGCAGCGGAUCUACACCGGGAACCGCACACACUUCAACCUCACUGCUCUCGGCGUGUACUCCACCCACGCGUUGCUACUGAGCGCGUGCACCGCGGCCGGCUGUAGCAACAGCUCCCAGGUUACCAUGGUUACCUCCCAGCUGCCCCCCGGGCCGCUGCCGCCCCCCCACCUCACCCUGAUGGACGCCCGGACCAUCCUGGUGGAGUGGUCUCGCCCGACGCAGGUGAACGGCGUCCUGACGUCCUACGUGGUGUACCUGUCCCGCGAGGGGGCGGGGCCUCAGCCCGUGUACAACACCACCCAUCUCCGUGAGAGCCACACCCUGCAGCACCUGCGGCCGGGCAGCACCUACACCGUCAGCGUGGCGGCCUGCACGGGAGGUGGGUGUACCCUCAGCCCCCCCAGCCGUGCCCGGACGGAGGAGAGCACUCCGGAGAACGUUGCGGCCCCCCUGGUCACGCCUCUGUCCCCCCAUGCCUUAAAUGUUACCUGGACAGCCCCGGACACGCCCAAUGGUGUGCUCACCAGCUACGGGGUGUGGGUGGACGGGGAGCUCCUGCUGAACUCCAGCUCCUCCCAGACCUCCUUCGUGGUGGAGGGUCUCUCCCCCUGGAGCCUGCACACGCUGGGGCUGCAGGCCUGCACCGCCCAGGGCUGUGGAAGGGGACCCCCGAGGGAGCGUGUCCGUGUCACCGGGCUUCAUAAAGGUGAUCGAUCCUCGCUGCUCAAUAACAAGGGUUGGCGUGGCGACGCUGACAUUUGGUAG